GCAUGCAUUUCUUAAUUGUGUGACAUACAUAUAUAAAAAUAAAAGUUUUGUUGUAUUAAUUAUUGUAGGGAGUGUAGGCAUGAGUCUAAGUGGGAAAGUGGAGAGUGAAACAGAGAUUGAAGCAAAUGCUUCUGAUUUCUACAACGUUUUGAGGAAGCAACUUUAUGAGGUACCAAAGAUCUGUCCAGAUGAUGUGCAUGCAGCUCAAGUGCAUCAAGGAGACUGGCAAAACGUUGGUUCUGUCCAGCACUGGGAUUAUACCAUAGAAGGGAAGAAAACAAGUGCAAAGGACAAAAUUGAAGCCAUUGAUGAUGAGAACAAGACAAUCACUUAUAGCCUCUUUGGUGAAGAAAUCAGUAAUGAUUACAAGACUUUUAAGGGUACCAUAAAAGUUUCAGAUAAGGGAAGUGGUGGUGGAAUUGUGAAAUGGACCUUUGAAUAUGAAAAGAAUAAGAAGAAUAUGAGUGCUGCUUCUCCUCAAUCUUAUUUGGACUUUGCUAUUAAGGUCACUCGAGACAUUGAUGCUCAUGUUUCCAAAUGCCUUAGCCAUAAUUAAUUAAUUAAGAUGGAUAUUCAAGUGUGUGUUUUGGCUUAAAUUAAUAAAUAAUGGUGCUUGUAUAUAUUUAAUGCAUGGGCAUAAUAAUAAUAAUAAUAAUAAUAAUAAUAAUAAUAAUAAUAAUAAUAAUAAUAAUGUGUGUUUGCUAAGUUACUCUAUCUAUUGCACACAAUAAAAAUAAUUAAUUGUACUUAGUGUGGGUUGUAAAAUAUGUGUGUGUAUGUAUUUGCUUUAAGUCUAAAUAAGAGAACUCGAUUGUUCUGCUUUA